ACUCCGACUCUUAACGGACUGAGCCGCCCAGGUGCCCCUACAAAUGCAUGUAUUCUAGAAGGGACUCGGGGCCUACAUGACUGGGUCCUUGAGGGAGGACGGUGGGGAGCACUGCGGCCUCAGACUAUGGGUCCUGGGAAGGCACGGGCUGGCUCUUGGACGUUGAACUUAUAAAGCUGGAGGAAGGAAGUCGGGGGGCCUCUCGAAGCUAAGGUGGUGCCUGCUAGGUUCUGAGUGGGGAAGUGACGGUUUGGGGGUGAGGUCUCGGAGAAAAUGGUGGUUAGGCUGUCAGACUCCUGGCCUGACGCUGUCUUGUGGCUGCUCGGCUGGACUUUGCCUUUGCCACCACACCGCCCUGCUCCACCCCAUGUCCCGCUCGCUCUUCAACCUCUCCCCCAGCCCCCGGCCCAGGACGCGGGAGAGCCAGAGGGAGAAACGUUUGGGAUCUUCAACCUCUCCCGCAGCCCCCAGGCCCAGGACGCGGGGGAGCCAGAGGGAGAAACGUUUGGGACAGAGCCCAGCAUGUGGGGCUACCUGUCCCUGCUGCCUGCCUUCCUGGCCCUCUGGGCUAUCUCAGGAGUCUGGACCGUUUUUGCCCUUGCAGUGGCCAACAGGGCUGUGAACCUCACGGAAGGUUUCCCCUAUAUCAGCCUCUGUGGAUCCUACCCGCCUCAGAGCUGCAUCUUCAGCCAGCUGCUCAACAUGGGAGCCGCUAUGGCCGCCUGGAUCUGCAUUAUCCGUUACCACCAGCUCCGGGACUUGGGGGUCAGAAAGUGGCUUAACCGGCUGAUCCUGUGGACGGGACUCCUGUGUGCCCUGGGCACCUCCGUGGUGGGCAAUUUCCAGCAAAAGAACCAGCUGCCCACACACCUGACAGGGGCCUUCUUCGCCUUUUUCGUGGGCAACCUGUACUUCUGGCUGCAGCUUUUACUCUUCUGGUGGAUGAAGAGCCUGCCCCAGCCUGGGCCUCCCUGGAUCGGGCCACUCCGCUGGGGCCUCUGCAGCCUCUGCUCCAUCCUCAUGGUGACCAUGGUCGUCCUGCACUCGUGGCCGCUGCGCUCGGCCGCCGCCGCCUGCGAGUGGGCCGUGGCCAUGCUGCUGUUCACGCUCUUCGGCCUGUUUGCUGUGGACUUCUCGGGCCUGGACGGCUGCACCCUGAGUCUCCGCCCGGGCCCCAGCCUCAGCUCCCCGCCCGCCUCCCCCAUCUCCCUGCAGAUCCCCCUGUGAGCGGCAGUCCGGCCGGGGUGCUCAGACCCGGCGCAGCGGCGCAGAGAUGAUCGAUCAAGCGGGGCCACCCAGGAAGUGAGAGGCCAAGGCCAGCCAGCCAUCCCUGCUCAAGGCUAUUUAUUAUUAUUAUUAUUAAUUUUUUUUUUUUUUUGCCGCCGGCGGAAUCAGAGACACGGACGCAGGCAGGGUCACGCGAAACCAGAAUUCCUUCCGGAGAGCAAAUCCGUACAGAAGGUUGUUGAGGGAAGGGGAGAACCGGGGAAGGGGGGGCCCGGGAAGGAGGAGCUGGGGAACACAAGGACGGAUGGCCCCCUCCGUCCGGAUCUGCUAAGCCGCCCCAACCAGCCCCCGUCCCUCCCCCAC